AUGCUAGGGAUAUUAUUGAAGCAACUGAUCAAAUGAUUAAGCUUGGCCAAUUGCAUUCCUUGAGACUACAAAAUCUACCGAAGUUCAUUAGCUUCAGCCAAGAAAAUGAUACAAGCUUGAGUCAUGUUCCACUUUUCACUGAGAAGUUUGUGUUUCCAUGCUUGAAGAAGUUGCAACUAUCAUGGAUUAAAAUUACAACCAUAUGGCAUACUUCAGCUACAUCUUACUGCACUCAAAACCUUACAGAACUUAUUAUUGAGGGUUGUGAUAAUUUAGAACACUUAUUCUUAUCCUCUAUGGCUAGAGGUCUGGUGAAGCUUAGACACCUCAAAAUAAAUCAAUGCAAGAAUAUGAGAGAGAUUAUUGUGAUGGAGAAUGUGGAAGGAAAGGAGAUUUCUUUCCCCGAGUUGGACUUCUUGCACAUAGAAAACCUUCAAAACCUUGUUGGAAUCUACUCAGGAAAUUGCAUCAUGGCAUUCCCAUCCUUGAAGGAAUUGACCAUAAAAAACUCUCCAAAAUUGGAGGAGUUCACGGUUAAAUCUAAGAGUACGGAAAUAGCCACUGACAUAAAGCCUCUCUUCAAUGAACAGAUUAAGUUUACAAGGUUGGAGUUCUUAAGUAUGUCCCUUAACAUUCAACAAAUUUGGCACAACGGGGUUCCAGAAAUGCCUUCUUUUGUUAAAAAACUAAAAGAUUUGACAGUGGAUGGCUGUGAUAAUUUGAGAUAUCUAUUGACAUGCUCUACAGUUAAAAGUUUUGAGCAUCUUGAAUUACUGACAAUUCGAAACUGCAAGAUGAUGGAAGGGGUAAUAGUGGCAGAAGGAUUAGCAGAAGAAGAAAGGAGGAGCAAGAUGUUGUUCCCUAAUUUGCAAGCCCUGGUACUUGAAGGCCUUUCCAAACUCACAAGAUUCUCUCCUGAAAAUUGCAUUGAAUUCCCCAACCUUACACGACUUAAAAUAGGCAAAUGCCCUGUGUUGAAGACAUUCACCUCUAGUCCUGUUAUUGGAGACAUUGCUGUCAGUAGUGAGAAAGCAGAAAACACCUAUGCGCCACCUUUCUUCAAUGAAAAGGUAGCAUUCCCUCAAAUAGAGGACCUAAGGAUCUAUUUGAUGGAGAGUUUGAACAAGAUAUGGGCUGAUCAACUUGAUGGAGAUUCCUUUUGCAAACUAAAAACCAUUUUUCUAGGUGGCUGUGGAAUGCUGGUGAGCAUUCUCCCAUUUAGUAUGCUGGAAAGACUUCAGAGACUAGACACACUGUUUAUUGUCGUGUGUGAUUCACUAGAAGAAAUAGUUGAAGCACCCAGUGCUAGCAAUUCACAAGCUCUGGUAGACACUCAGCCAACGUUGGUGGAAACUGACAGCAAGGUCGUAUUUUCGGAAUUGACAGAACUGAGGCUUGACAGGCUACCCAAGCUCAAGUGUUUCUGCUAUCGAAUGCAUAUUAAGUGCCCAUCUCUGAAAUUACUGCAAGUUUCUGAAUGCGAGCAAGUGCAGGUAUUUGCUUCGGAAUUUCCAAGCUUCCAAAGAAUCAAUGGAGAUGAUCAACUUGAAAUUCAAAUUCACUGCCCUCUUUUCUCGGUCAGCAAGGUACUGUUUGUAAAAACACUGCAUGUUGGGAUGCAUUAUUAGAUUUCAAGUUCCAGUAAAGCUUUCUCUUGAAGUCUACCUUUUUCGGUCAUUAGACGUUGCAUUGGUUUUAAAAUGCAUUAAUAGAUUAAAAAAAUACUG